AAGCGCAAGCAGCUCAUUCCAAAUCAUAUCCUUUGACUUUUUGCUCUCGGGUGGGAUGCGAGGCAGUCUCACAUCUAGGAGGCAGACUGCACUGCAGCUCGCCAGUGGGUCACUUUUCAGGUUCGGCAACAGCAGCGUGUAUUUUAGGGCAGGGACAAGCAGGCGGGCAGGCCAGGUUGAGUUGAGGAAUGUCAGCGUGUUACAGGGUGGUGUAGCGAGAGGGACGGAGCCAAACAGAGGAGGGACAAAGAGCAGGAGAGGGAGAGAGAGUCAUAAAUGCAAUAAUUACAGCUUAGGUAGAAAUAAGCAAAGCACUCUGCUCUCCCUGGCUGCCAGCGUAGCCUAACAACAGGACAGAAUACAACACCGACUUCAAUAAUACUGUUCACUCCUUCUUGGGAUUUCUUUUGAUUUUCUGUUGACUUCAAGCAGUAGUUUCGCAGGAUGGAUUUGCUCUUAGAUUUCGGAUGAGUAGGAUGGAUUAUUCCCACCCGCUUUCUUCAUGAGUUUCUUUACCACCAUUGAGAACAAGGACCGUGGCGCAUUCACCAUGUCUGUGGCUGCCCUCUUUCGGGGCAAGUGGGGGACAAAAUCCCAGGAAAGCCCCGACAAGCACCCGACCACACUGGUGCUGCCCAGCCACGAUGAGUACUACGAUGAUGAUGAUGAAGAUGACUCCAAGGUAGGCCUGAGCAGAGAGCCGAUUCGCAGGAACUCGCGCUUUUACCGCUCAAUGAGGAAGAAGAGGAUGGCCUCAGCUGAGCAGUCUGACAGUUCUCCCAGGACUGGUGUGGACACCAGCUCAUCAACGACAUCACCAAACUCCUUUUCUGUGGCUUCAUCGCCGCAUAAAUCACCAGAGUCGCCUGGGUUUGGACGGCCUGCGUUGCCAAGCAAUGGUGAGGCCAGCAGCAGAUAUUAUGCUCUGUACAGCAAGGAUGCUGUGAAUAAGGGAAGAGGAGGUGUGGGAGGAGGGAGUGUGGACAUAUCUGCUGCUUCCCACAACCACAACAGCGCCUUCAUAGCCAACGACAUCUCAUACCGGACUCACAGCAUUCACAGCGGGGACAUUAAACAGCUGUCUGAGCAAACCACCGCAGCCUGCACUGUACGCGACGUCGGAAGGACCAUGAGUUCGGGAAGGCCCAGCCCUGAGGGAGCUGACCGGGAUAGCUUCAACCACAGGUUGCUGAGCAAUGGUGAUCACGCCAAGACGAUCAGCCACCUCAACAUUGUCAAAAACAUGGCUGUCUUGUACCAGGAAUACAGAGAUACGUCUAAGCAGCAGGAGAUCGAGCAAAGACGUCAGCGUGAGAAUCUCUGUCCUGGGACCACGUUGGCAGGGUCCAAUGUCUCGUCUGCACCAGUGUUGCAGCUCCAGCUGAGGAACAAUGCUCGUUCACUGAGCCUAUGGCAGAAUUUAGAAGUGGUGCAGGCCAGUGGAUUGCUGACCCAGUUGCCACAGAAAGAAAUUAUAAUGCAAGAGGCUAUGUUUGAGCUCAUUACGUCCGAGGCUUCGUACUACAAGAGUCUGGAGAUUCUAGAAAACCACUUCCUUCAUAACCCAGAGUUAAUAAACACUCUCAGCCAAUCUGAUAUGCACUUUCUCUUCUCCAACAUCGAGGAAGUCAUGAAAGCCAGUGAACGGUUCCUGAUGGAUCUCGAACACAGAAUUGAGAAGUCUGUUUUGAUUUCGGAUGUGUGUGACAUUGUUUACAACAAUGCUGUCGAGCACUUUAACGUCUUCAUCAAAUACGUCAUUAACCAGGUCUACCAGGAGAAAAACUACAGACGAAUUCUGGAGGGAAACCAGGCAUUUCGGGAGACCAUGGCAAAACUGGAGAAACAUCCAUGUGUUAGAGGCCUGUCCUUUACGUCAUUCCUCAUCCUUCCUUUCCAGAGGAUCACCAGGCUCAAGUUGCUUGUACAAAACAUCCUGAAAAAAACGGAAGAAAACUCUGAGAGGGAAGCCAACGCAAUAAAAGCACACCAGCGACUGGAGCAGAUUGUCAAAGAGUGUAACGAGGGUGUUCGAAAAAUGAGUCGCACGGAGGAGCUUAUCAGCAUUGAGAAGACAUUAGAGUUUAAAUCUAAGUCUGUGCCCAUCAUCUCCCACUCCCGCUGGUUGCUAAAGAAGGGUGAGGUGCAGCUCAUGGCAGGACCCAAGAGCACCAGGACAUUGCGAAGCCGCAAACUCUACCAACCUGUUUUCCUGUUCCUUUUCAACAACUUGCUGCUGGUCACCAAGCCCAGCUCUAGCGGGGACAAGUUCCAGGUUCUGGACUCAUGCACCCGUGCCAUGUUGAGGACCGAAGACCAGGAAGACCAAGGCCAGGUGCUGGCUAAUGUCUUUCAUCUUAAAUUGCUGGAGAACCAAGAAGACCGUCAAGUGAACUACAUGCUCAAGACCUCAAGCAUGAGUGAUAAACUUCGAUGGAUGUGUGCUCUGACCCCCAACCGCCGCACACGUUUUAUGUCGACCAGUGCACACGAGCCAGAUUCUUUACAGGUGCAGUGUAUUCAGUCUUACUCCUCUCAAGAGCCGGAUGAACUUUCCAUUGAGAUGGCUGAUGUUUUGAAUCUCUUGGAGAAGACAGAUGAUGGCUGGAUGAUGGGUGAAAGGCUCCAUGAUGGCGAAAGAGGUUGGUUCCCAAGUCGACUUGUAGAGGAGAUCCAGAGUAAGGAGGUCCGAGCUCAGAACUUGAGAGAGGCAAUUAAGGUUCAUCAGGCUCAAGAGGGAGGAUCAGCCAUCCAAAGUGGAGGAAGGUUUGGCCUAAGAGGGGUGAGGCCCAUCCCAAAAGUCUCCAGUGUCUUCAGUUCGUGGAAUGAUCAGAUGGGAGACAAGUAAAGCAUUUGACUUUAGGAAGCUGCAUGAGAUUUAAUUCCUGUACAAAACCCUCUUGUUCUGUAGAUUUUGAACCAUGGACAGAUGAAACUUUCCUGUCUGGCUUCCAUUAUACAGUGGGGAAAGUAAGGAUUUCAUCCCGUGCUUAUCAAUAUACAGUAUGCUGAUUUUGUACAUUUACAUCCUGACAAACAUAUGAACAGGCCGGAAUGUUUAUGGUUGGUUUAUUGUAUUCAAGAGAGAUGACUAAGGUUAACGAUGACAAUUGAGUUGGGAGCACAGUCAGCAAGAAGAGCAUUACAAAGACACUUUAAUGUCAUGGAUGAGAUCCUGCGGUGUCCGCAAGAAGACACAUGCACAGACCCGUCUGAACUUUUGACAUGGAAAGACUCACACAGGGCUUGGGAGAGUGUGAUGUGGUCACGUGUUUGGAGGCAGAGAAAUGGUGAAUACGAGUCCAACAACAUCUUCCCUACUGUCAAACAUGGCUUUGGGAAUCUUUUACCAAAAUCCGUCCUUGUGAGCAACUACAAGAAACUAAGACACCGUUUGCUUGGGGAUGAAAUAAUUCUCACAUUUUACUUGUUUUUUUUUUUACCUUGUCUCUCUCAGUUACAAUGAACUUACCAUAAGAAUGCUGGACUGUUCAUUUCUUUGUAAGGGGGGAAACCUAGAAAAUCAGCAGGGGAUCAAUAUUUAUUUUCCUCGCUGAAUGGUUACAGACCAGUCAAAGAAACUCAAGUCAUGUUGCAUGCCUCAUGAAUGUGCAAUGAAGGGGUUUGUUCGGUAUGCCCCCUUUACCGUGGUGCAUAAUAAAUGAAGAAAAAAAAAGCUUUUUGUGGGAGGUGCAAUGACAGAUACCCCUACAUGUUGUUCCAAUGACUUUAUUGUGAAGAUAAUGUAAAUGUUUCUCAGAUGCAUGGACAAGGUUUAAAACUUUGAUCGUGUUCAUUCAUUUCAUUGUAAAAAUACAUCAGAACCAUCAGUGAUGUGUCUAUGGCUGCACAAAAGAACAAGUCAGCCAAAAGUUACUUGACCCAAAAAUGUAUUUUGGAUGUAUGACUCGCUGACUACAGCUACAUUGACUACAUUGUUGGAUUGAUUGUCAAUUAUAGAAAAUAAUGGCUUUACUUGUUUUUAACAAAAUGUGUUUCUUAAAACUACAGAUCCCAAAUGAUGAGGCCAUGAUAUCCCAAAUAUGCACUUUCAGUGGAAAAUAUUGUUGUUUGACCAAUAUUGUUUAACCUGACAUCACACACAGUAUAGACUGUGUUGAACAACACUUUGUCAAUAUCAUCUCACCAGUAACUACAGACCAAGAUACACAAAUACCGGUACACAGAAAUUCAAUCCUGUAGUAGUCAAUGUGGCGGAUUGGUCCGGUGUCUGCAGCGAUGCGGACUCUGCAUCGGUCCAUUGUGGUGAAGAGGGAGCUGAGCCGAAAGGCAAAUCUCUCAAUUUACUGGUCGAUCUACAUAUCAUACCUAUCCUCACCUAUGGUCAUGAGCUUUGGGUUAGUGACUGAACGGACAAGAUCGCGGGUACAAGCGGCCAAAAUGAGUUUUCUCCGUAGGGUGGCUGGGUUCUCCCUUAGAGAUAAGGUGAGAAGCACUGUCAUCCGGGAGAAGCUCGGAGUAGAACCGCUGUUCCUCCGCAUUGAGAGGAUGAGGUUGUUCAGGGCACGUCCAACCGGUAGGAGGCCUCGGGGAAGACCCAGGACACGUUGGAGAGACGAUGUCUCUCAACUGGCCUGGGAACGCCUCGGGAUCCACCGGGAGGAGCUGGACAAAGUAGCUAGGGAGAGGGAAGUCUAGGCCCCGACCUCGGAUAAGCAGCAGAAGAUGGAUAGAUGGAUAGUAUUCAAUGUAAAUGUAUAGAAUGUAUUAUGACGUGUGGACCAGCAUGAUUGUAAAAGCCUGUAUCUUUAUGUAUACAGUACAAUAAUGAAAACAUUCAAUGUUUUCAGUCAGAAUGACAAAGGAAUUGUUAUAUCAUUUUUUUAAAUAUGUAAAUUAUUGCUCACAAAAAAGUAAAAACAAAAUGAUCUGAA